GGAAACAACUUAGUAUCAGAGCUGUGCGUUCUAGCUACAAAAGGACUAAGCCCUAAAUAUAUUUAAAAUUCAGGAUGUCUCACUGUACCAAGCUCUCCAGUCACUGGAAGAUCAUUGUCUGGGAUGAGGAGUUCUUCCAGGGCCGUCGACAUGAAUUCACGGCGGAAUGUCGCAACAUGAUGGAGUUUGGAUUUGAAACUGUGCGGUCCAUGAAGGUGGAAAGUGGAGCCUGGGUGGGUUACGAACAUGCGGCCUACCAGGGGCAGCAGUUUGUCCUGGAGAGAGGGCAGUACCCACGCUGGGACAGCUGGAGUGGCAGCAACUCCUAUCACAUCGAGAGACUGACCUCCUUCCGACCUAUCGCCUGUGCUAACCACCGUGAAUGUCGGAUGUCCAUGUUUGAGAGGGAGAACUUCCUGGGCAGGAAGGGUGAGCUGUCCGAUGACUAUCCCUCUCUACAAGCCAUGGGCUGGUGCAACAACGAAGUUGGAUCCUUCCGAAUCCACUCCGGCGCAUGGGUAUGCUACCAAUAUCCAGGUUACCGCGGCUACCAAUUCAUCAUGGAAUGUGACCGUCACGGCGGAGAGUACAAACACUGGAGAGAGUGGGGCUCCCACGCGCAGACAUUCCAGAUUCAGUCCAUCCGUAGAAUCCAGCAGUAAAAUGAACCCUGAUGGCUGUAUCCCCACAGUCUUGUUUUAACCUUUGAAACAACAGAGAAAUUACAAAAAGAAAUAAAAUUUCCUUCUUUGUUAAAA